GCGCCGACGACCUGCUGCAGUUGUGUGCGCGCUGUGGAAUUCUCACAAUCGCAGAACCACAGACGGGCGGCAUCUCCUCCGCCAACCCCCCCCCUCCGUCGUGACCAAGGAAAGUGGCCGAUUGGUACAUAUCGUCGAGUUCGAUCGCCACCUAUCGCUUGCUAUUGCGGACGCACGCACGCGACCGCUUUCAUGAACGUGUCGACCUUGAAGUUUCUUGCGGUGCAUCCAAGAGGCAGAGUGUUCUUGUGGGACACGAGGAUCAGUCGCGAUGCAGUACCCCCUCGCCCGCUCUUCUCUCUGGGACACAACUUGACCCGCGUGAGUCCCGUUGGCGGGGCCGCAACGAACUGUACACCUGAAUGCACCCACGCCCACGUAGUGCGGACCAACACCGACAACAUGUCCUUUUCGGCGCUCUCCACAGUGGCCGUGUCGCGGCAGACUUGCCUCGGUUGUUGCUGCGACCAAGUGUUGCUCACGUGUAGGUGUGGUCACCGUGGUUAGGACCUAGUCUGUGACACACGGAUUGCCCACACGGCAACGAUCGUCACUCGGGGUUCACGUGGGAAUGUGGGUUGCUUCAUUAUCCGGACAACCGGAUACAUGGAAAUAAUUGGACUGCACAUUUGCGGCCGCAGGAAACGACGGACGAUGGGGAAGCGCAACUUUCGCAAGCGCAAGGGCCAGAAAGGCGAGAACACAUGGAACAAGAAGUCGAGGAGCGACGGCGCGGACCGCGAAGCAGGUUUUGGCGAGUGGGUGUACAAGAAUGAGCAGUUCGAAAAGUACUAUACGGACCAAGCGAUUGUAGGAACUGAAGAAUGGGAUACUUUCUUGAAGCAUUUGUCGCUCCCGUUGCCAACUACCUUCCGCAUCAACAACUCGUGUGCCUACGAAGACAAGAUCAAGGAGCGCAUCGCGACAGACUUCAAGUACGAAGAUCUUGAAAUUGACGGGGAAAAGAUCGCGCCGAUCAGCACGAUGCCGUGGUACCCCGACGGGAAGGGGUUUCAAUGGAGCGUCGAACGUCGAAAGAUCAAAAAGCUGGACAUUCUGAGCGAUUUUCAAAAGUGGUUGGUCAACUUGUCCGACUCGGGAGACAUUACGCGCCAAGAGGCAGUGAGCAUGAUUCCCCCGCUUGUGUUGGGAGUUGAAUCGCACCACAAGGUGCUGGACAUGUGCGCUGCGCCAGGGUCCAAGACAUCGCAGCUUCUGGAAUCCCUUCAUGAUGACGAGAGCAAGACGGGAAAGAUGCCUACGGGUCUGAUAGUAGCCAACGACAUUGACAUUAAGCGAGCGUACAUGUUAACCCAUCAGACAAAACGCGUGGGUUCGCCUGCAUUGGUGAUCACAUGUCAUGAAGCGCAAAAGUUUCCUUUGCUCAGCAGUACUGACAACAAACAGGGUUUCUUCGAUCGCAUCUUGUGCGACGCUCCCUGCAGUGGCGACGGUACCAUGCGUAAAAAUCCUUUGAUUUGGCAAAAGUGGCACGUCCGCAACGGGCUGUCGCUGCAUCCGCUGCAGUUGUCGAUCGUCAAGCACGGCGCGACGUUGCUCAAGGUCGGUGGUCGUAUGUGCUACUCGACGUGCUCGUUCAAUCCCGUCGAAAACGAAGCCGUGGUUGCCGAACUUCUCCGGUGGUCCAACGGCUCGCUUCGCCUCAUGGAUAUGUCCAACAUUUUGCCCAAGCUGAAGCGCCGUCGCGGCAUCUCAUCGUGGAAGGUUUACGACUACGACAUGGUGGAAACAGCCGACUUCGAUGAAGCGGCUGAGGCUGCCAAGGGCCGAUACAAGUCGUUGCCGGCCACGGUAUUCCCUCCCACUGCUGACGAAGUCGCGUCGUUCCAUUUGGACCGGUGUAUGCGCUGCGUGCCUCAGGACGAAAACACGGGUGGUUUCUUCAUUGUGCUCAUCGAAAAGGUGGGGGAAACUCCGUCAGAGAACGCAAGCUCUGCUGCUGGGCAGCAAAAGGGCAAGAAACAUGGCGAAGAGUACUUGCCCUUUAACGAGUAUGCGUCGAUUCAAACGACAUACAACAUGAGUCCAACCUUCGAGGCCAGUCAACUCUUUACGCGAUCCGACUCGGGCCGCACCGUUAACUUUGUCACCUCGUCCGUGUCCAAAGAGCUCUUGCCUGCGAUGAAAGCGCUCGACAUGAAGGUUGUUUACACCGGCAUCAAAGUAUUUGAACGCCACGAACUUGGCAUCGGAGACAGCACCUACCGUCUGACGCAGUCCGGCGCGCACAUUGCACUCCCCCACAUGAACACACGCAAGGUCACCGUUGGCAACCGUGACUUUCAAUACCUCCUCGAACGACGAGGUGAAUUGCUCCAGUUUGAUGAACUCAGCGACGAGCUUGCGGGUGUCCUGAAGGCCUCCCCGUUGGGAAGUUAUGUUUGCACGCUGGCGCGUGACGACGGUGUCGCCCUCACCAUCCCAGAAAAACUUUUGCUGAACAUUGUCAUUUGGCGGGGCCGCAACACGAUCAACGUCAUGACCGCCAAGCCUGACGGGUUUGCUCUUACGUCUACGAUGAAGGCGCUGGGGUUGUACGACGAUACCCUGACGCAGGAAGUCCUGGAGAAGUUCCCUAAGAAGGACCAGAAAGAAGACAAACAGAAGCCUGCCAACGACGAAGGCGGCACUGUCAACGAUAUCGAGGACGCUGCAAAAGACGUGAGCGAGGAGAACGAAGACUCGGCGGAAUAGAGCGCCAGGAAGUGAACACGACCACUGCAUAGUUGAAACGUUUAUCGAUCCGUGGUGCUGUCGACGUCCAGCACGUCGUGGUAAGCCCCCGAUGCAAUCUUACGACACAAUUUGGACGAAACGACGACGUGAUGUGUCGUAUUGGGGUGCUGGCUUGGGCCCGCGACGAUCGUGUGCGAUGGACACGUGAAGCCCCACCGGUGGACCGAUCCAUCGACUGUUCGUGCUGUGGUGUGGCGGGUGCCG